GCCCCUCGCGCCGCGCUCCGGGAUGGAAGCGGAACCGGGAGCGGAACGGCGGCGUUGGGCCGCGGCCUCGUGUGUGUUAACGGGCGCCUCGCGGGGCUUCGGCCGCAGCCUGGCACGGCUGUUGGCCCCGCGGCUCGGCCCGGGCUCGCUGCUGCUGCUGCUGGCCCGCUCGGAGGAGGCGCUGGCCCAGCUGGCGGCCGAGCUGCGGGACUCCUGCCCCGGGCUGCGGGUGGAGUGCGUGGCCUCCGAUCUGGGAUCCGAGGAGGGGUUGCGGAGGGCGGUGGGGGCCGUGCGGGAGCUGCUGCCUGGAGGGCCGCCCGACCGACUGCUGCUCAUCAACAACGCCGGCUCCCUGGGCGACAUCUCCAAAUCCUUCCUCAGCCUCACCGACCCCAAUGAGAUCAACACCUACUUCGCCUUCAACAUCACCUCGGCGCUCUGCCUCACCAGCAGCGCCCUGCAGGCCUUUGGGAUGCGGCCAGGCUGCAGCAGGACAGUGGUGAACAUCUCAUCUCUCUGCGCCCUGCAGCCCUUCCGCAGCUGGGCGCUGUACUGCAGUGGGAAGGCUGCCCGGGAUAUGAUGUUCCGUGUGCUGGCAGCGGAGGAACCCGACGUCCGUGUGCUCAACUACGCUCCAGGUCCCCUGGACACAGACAUGCAGCUCUUGGCUCGCACUAGGACUGGAGAUGCUGAGAUGCGUCAGCAAUUCCAGAGCCUGCAUGACAGUGGGCAGCUGAUAGACUGUGCUGUGUCGGCCCAGAAGCUGCUGAGGUUGCUGGAGGAGAAUACCUUCACCUCGGGUGCACACAUGGACUUUUACAGCGUCUGAGCUGCUCUCAUCUCCAUACUCUGCUUUCUGCCCUCCGUAGUGCCUGCUGCUCCCUGUGGUUUGGUGGCUGUUUGGGUGCUGCACAGCCUUCAAAGGACAUCUCUGCGUGCCUUAUGGAUGCUCCCUGUGUCCUCGUGGGGGGAUGGGUGGGGGGAAUCACUGCUAAGCUGAGCCAGAGUGCAAAGAAAGCCGUGCUCUGAGGACUGCUUAUCCAAGGUCUUGUCCUGCCUGAGCCCUGCUGAGCCCUCCUGUGCACACAGCAGAAGCAAAGGGGUGGGGGGAGCAGAGGUGGCUUCCCCAGUGGAAUGGGAACUAGACAGAAAGCACCAUGCUAAUGCAUUGCUGCAUUGAAGUCCUUCACACCCCAGUGAGUGUGGAUGCACGCUCCCUGUUCUGCUCAUUCAGAGGCAAGAGCUGAGCAGCAGAGGGAGCUGCCUGUGCAGGUUUGGCUCUGCAGCACAGACCCACCCACCAGCACAACCUGCAUGGGUUACAGCUCUGCCCUGGGUUUGUGCACUGCUCCUUUUUGAGUCUGAGCCUGGAGUUGGGGCCCGAGCCUCUCCUGGGCUGUUCUUUUAGGUAUCUGUGGGGUUUUAUCCUUGUUUUUCCCACCAGAAUGCAGAAGCUCAUAACUCAUCGAUGUGCCUAUCUAGAAAGCUGUGCUGGAAGCGAGAGCAGCACAGUGCUAACAGUAAGGCUGGCAUCCCAUGUGCCCUCCAAGUGCCCAACCCAAUGGCAGCCACCUUCCUGCUGCCCUCUCUCACAGCCCCCUAUCCCAGUUUUUGCCUGUCUAUCUUCAUCUGCAGUCAUUAAAAGUUUCCUGUCCUGUC